CGGCUCGGUCUUCGGAGCGCACGCCCAUUUUCGCCGCCCUGCUCCAUUCACGCCUGGCACCGCCAGCCUAGCUCCCACUCCGUCUUUCUCUCUACCCUAGGCAGGUGACGGUGGGGACAUGUCUCGAGAGCUGCAAGACGUGGACCUUGCUGAGGUGAAGCCUUUGGUGGAGAAAGGGGAGACGAUCACUGGCCUCCUGCAAGAGUUUGAUGUUCAGGAGCAGGACAUUGAGACUUUGCAUGGCUCCAUUCACGUCACCCUGUGCGGGACCCCCAAGGGCAGCCGGCCCGCCAUCCUCACCUACCAUGACAUCGGCAUGAACCACAAAACCUGCUACAACCCCCUCUUCAACUGUGAGGACAUGCAGGAGAUCACCCAGCACUUCGCGGUCUGCCACGUGGAUGCCCCUGGCCAGCAGGACGGUGCCGCGUCCUUCCCCCUGGGGUACAUGUACCCCUCCAUGGACCAGCUGGCCGAGAUGCUGCCCGGAGUCCUUCACCAGUUUGGGCUGAAAAGCGUCAUCGGCAUGGGAACCGGGGCCGGCGCCUACAUCCUCACUCGAUUUGCUCUGAACAACCCUGAGAUGGUGGAGGGCCUGGUCCUCAUCAAUGUGAACCCUUGUGCGGAAGGCUGGAUGGACUGGGCGGCCUCCAAGAUCUCCGGAUGGACCCAAGCCCUUCCAGACAUGGUGGUGUCCCAUCUCUUCGGGAAGGAGGAGAUGCAGAAUAACGUCGAAGUGGUCCACACCUACCACCAGCACAUCAUCAAUGACAUGAACCCCGGCAACCUGCACCUGUUCAUCAACGCCUACAACAGCCGGCGGGACCUGGAGAUCGAGCGACCCAUGCCGGGAGUGCACACCGUCACCCUGCAGUGUCCUGCUUUGUUGGUGGUUGGGGACAGUUCUCCUGCUGUGGAUGCUGUGGUGGAGUGCAAUUCGAAGUUGGACCCAACGAAGACCACUCUCCUCAAGAUGGCAGAUUGUGGUGGCCUCCCUCAGAUCUCCCAGCCCGCCAAGCUCGCCGAGGCCUUCAAGUACUUCGUGCAGGGCAUGGGUUACAUGCCCUCGGCCAGCAUGACCCGCCUGAUGCGGUCCCGCACGGCCUCAGGCUCCAGCGUCACGUCCCUGGAGGGCACCCGCAGCCGCUCCCACACCAGCGAGGGCACCCGCAGCCGCUCCCACACCAGCGAGGGCGCCCGCCUGGACAUCACCCCCAAUUCUGGUGCCGCUGGGAACAACGCCGGGCCCAAGUCCAUGGAGGUGUCCUGCUAGGCGGCCUGCAUGGACGGCCGCCCCUGGACUGUGGGAUCACUGUAGCUGCCCCUCCUCCAGCCCCUCCCGUGCCCCUGCCUGCCACACUGCACGUAACUUGGUAUUAAUCCAAAGCUUAUUUUGUAAGAGUGAGCUCUGGCGAUGACAAUGUUAGAUGGGAUUUGUCGAGGGCAUCCUUGGGGGGCUGGGUGGGGAGGACCAAAGGAAAAGGAGCAUCUCAGUGUCCCUUUUGCAUUGACGAGUGGCCUGGUGGCUACCUUCUCACUCUCCCUCAUGAUGCCAGGCUGCCCAUAAACAAGAAACACAGCAGUAAACCGUCAUGGAUCCAAGCCUAGGCUGACCUGGGCAUCCUGGUUGUAAGGGGCAUUUCAUCCAAAGCCCAGCUCGUCUGCUUCUGUUCCCUCCCCAGCCAGACACACCGACCCAGUUUCUGGAAACACAGCCCUUCUCUGGUUUGGGGAGGAGAGCAGGGACCAUGGGCUGCUCCUUUAGGCAAAAUAGGAAGCGGGGAAAAGAGGUGGAAUUUGUGCAGAGGCUUGAAGACUGUAGAAAAGCAAAUCUAUGUAGUUAACCUGUAAUAGAUUUUUAAAGUUGUGCAUAUACACACUUUUUAAUGCCGAAGCAUACAAGCCUGCCUUUCUGACCGUUUUUUAAUGAGCAUGAAAGCAGGCAACAGCAUCUCCUGGCUUUGCAAAAAAAAAAAAAAAACCACAAAACCCAGAAAACAAACACAAAAAUGGUCCGCAAGCAUUUGGUAUCAUGGAUUUAAGGCUUUACUCAGCUCUCUGCCUCUUCCUCCUCAGCCUCCGCUUCCCACCCCAAAUACCUGAAUGAAUGGUUAUUUCAUUCAUGAGGAAGACCCUUUAAUACUUUCCUGGAGGUGGAGGGGACAUUCCGAGCAGUUGUGGCUGCCACGAAUCUCUUUGCAGCGCGGCAGGGGCGCUGGCGUGGGGGUGGGCUUUGGGUAAUAGAUGUAAAUAAGAGAUUCCUUGUGGUUGUGAUGGAAUCCAGAGUAGUUGUGAUUUCAGUUGAUCCCAUUCUGGUUUCUGGGAAUCUUCUGUGAUUGAGUUAAAUCUUUGACAACUAGGGUUGAAUCUGAACUUGAUGGCCUGACAUUUCUGACCUGCUAACCUUCCUGGAUCUACCGAUGGACCAGUUUGCUUUAGUCCAGUGGGGGUUCAGGGGGCAGCAGUGGUGGCUGAGAUGUGAGAGUUCUGGAAUGUGCAUUCCCUGGGAUUUCAUUCCCUCUCCUGCCUCCUACUCUCCCCCGCCUCUCUAACCUCCUUUCUCUGAAUGGGGCGGCACCACUGACAUUUUGGGGCCACGUCAGCCUAGCUGUCAAGUUCCUGUACUACUGCCUUCUGAUUUUCUUUUCAGCUAACCAUGGAUCUGACAGGAAGUUCAAUCAGAGUGUAUAGGAAUUGUGAACCAGCCGCUGGGGCCUCGUGGUUUCCGGGACCCUAGAGUUGGUAGGAGGAAGUACUCAAGCCUUGCAAGUAGCUUGAGGGGUAGUGAGGGAUUUAGUUCACCUGCUACCUACCAUGUGGGAGGCUUUCCCUGACCUUGAGCAGAAUGGUCGGGGUCAGAGGUCAGGGUGGGAGUGGCUGAAUCAGAGAGAAGACUGUUGUAUACAAGUCUCUCCAGAGGAGUUUCUUAAUGAGAUAUUUGUAUUUAUUUCCAGACCAAUAAAUUUGUAACUUUGCA